CGAUUUUGACUUCUUCGACCUGACACCAAUUCUCUUACAGGCCAAUUCCUAGCUGCAAUCAGCCAAUGACGACCGACGAGGGCGAGGACGCUGCUGGGCCGUCGUCGCUGGAGCAGCGGCCGCUGAGUCUGGGCGAAUACAAGCGGUAUGGACGGCAGAUGAUCCUGCCCGACUUUGGCCUCGGCGGCCAGCUCCGUCUCAAACAGGCAAAGGUCCUCAUCGUGGGCGCCGGCGGCCUUGGCUGCCCCGCCCUGCAAUACCUCGCCGCCGCUGGUGUGGGCCACAUCACUAUUGUCGAUGCAGACGUCGUCGAGACUUCGAACCUGGCGCGGCAGAUUCUGCACACGGACUCUCGGGUGGGCAUGCCCAAGGCUCAAUCGGCCGCUACCGCCGCACGGCAGCUCAACCCACACAUCAACGUUGUGCCCCUCUGCGAGUCGCUGUCGGCAGACAAUGCCCAGGCGCUCGUUGGAGCACACGAUGUCGUGCUCGACUGCACCGACAACGUCUUGACCCGCUACCUCAUCUCCGACGCCGCUGUCCUGUGCGGCAAGCAAGUCGUGAGCGGGGCUGCCCAGGGCUUCUCUGGGCAGCUCGUCGUCCUGCACAAGAAGCUCAGCAGAGAGGGCAGGGAGCCGAUAGCACGAGGCCCGUGCUAUCGUUGUCUGUACCCCAGAGCACCGAGACCGGAAGACGUGACGGACUGCGAGGACGGGGGCGUCUUGGGCGGCGUGACGGGCCUUGUGGGCACCAUGCAGGCGCUCGAGACGGUCAAGUUGCUCGCACGGAUAGGUGAUGCUGCAGACGGUGACGACUUCGACACAGACGAAAAAAAUAUCUCAGACGCGGCACCGUUGUACAUGACCCUAAUCAACCCAUUGGACCCUGUCCCCUAUCGCAGCGUCAAGCUGCGACCGAGAAGGGCGGCAACGUGUCGGUCUUGCGGCGACGGUGAUCUUCUCCUGGCAGCAGGCCUUUCCAAGAUCAGGGAUCUGCAAUCGGAAGACUACGUUUCUUUCUGCGGCCUGGCCAAGCCCUCAUCGGGCGGUCAAUUCGAGGAUCAAGAAGCGCAUAUAUCGGUGCAGACUCUGCAAGAGUCGUGGCAAAAGGACGGAGCAACGCAUGCCAUCGUCGACGUACGACCACCUGUCGAAUUCGAGAUCGCCCGCUUGCCAGGCUCGCACAGUGUUCCAUAUCAAAAUUUGCGAAGAAAUGCACCGUUGGCGCUCGAAAAGCUGCGCGAUUCGCUGCCAGAGACUACAACGCACGUUGCCCUUCUCUGCCGACGGGGGAACGAUUCGCUCCUAGCACAGCGCCUCCUCUCAUCGGCAUCGUCAGAGCAGGAGGAGCGACAGGAUCAGCAGCAGUCGCACAAGGACCCCCCUUCCUCAAGAUCGCCGAUUGUAUUCAAAAAUGUCCGCGGUGGACUGAGAGCCUGGUCAAGCGACGUCGAUGUCGCCUUUCCAACCUACUGAUUUCUAGAUUUGUGGCUUGGCCCAGGCAUUCGAAAAACCGAUGGGCUCUUGUUCCUCCCGCGCGUGCGACGCGUGGCUUUCAUAAUGAAUGAACGGUGGCCCCUUUUUUUAUA